AGGGCGGAGAAAGCGUGCAACCCGUGACGCUUUUCUGAAAAAAAAGAAAGAAAAAAAAAACUUGUUACAAGAUGGCGACGGCGAGCUGCUUGUACACUGGAAAACAAUAGAAACAGCAGAGUGAGAGUAGAGUUUAUUUGUUUGCUGUUGCGGUUUUCUUUUCGCUUCCUUUAUUAGAUACGGGGUCGCUGCUGGUUGUUUUGUGCUGGGAGGAACUUUUAGUGCUCGCUGACGGUGAAAGUGAUUUAUUUAUUCUCCAACAUGCUUUGUUAUUAAGGCUAGUUAGCGCUAGCUUAGCUACAUCCGUAGCUUUGCUCAGUCCUGUGGUACUAUCUACUAUAGAUUUAAUACAGAUCAGCUGUUAGCCUGCUAGCUAUUUAAAAAAAAGUUGUAAAAGUAAAGAAGUUUGUACUGUAAUUUUUAAUGGCUGAGGAGUGUUUUUUUUUUUUUUUUUUUUUAAUUUUCGGCUUGUACACGACACGGCUGUUUAUAUCAGAAAUGUUGAAAGUUUGACUGAGUUUAUUCGGCUGUAAGUUGGAGAAAAGUCUUCACAAGAGCAGAAACGCUAUCAAUCCCAAAACUCAUCACAGGACCGGAGAGACCCGGGCGUGUAACUUUCUUCACCUGUUUUUCUGACAAAGUUUUAAUUUGUCACUGCUGGGAAUAUCAUUCUGUCCUCCAGUCAGCUAGUUUAGUAAAUAAAACUGGUUGUAGUUUGAUGAACCUGUAUGCUAGCCUCGAGUGUCCACUUUUGCACAAAGGUUUUAAACUCUUCUUCCAACUUCUUGUAAUCGUGGUGUUAACUCCCUGCAGUAAACUCACUGGACUCUCGGAUGGAUUUCAGGUUGUAAAAUUCUCUGGAAGCCGCCGCUCGCUGGCUGAAUGUCUUUUUUACAAAAUACCGAGAUGCCCUGGAUGUUGGGAAAGUCUGCAUUAAAGAGAGAAAUAACGCGAAGCUAGUGUGUUGUAAGCUAUCUCGACUUGGUUCAGUGUGGCUUGGAUUUGUGCGCAUUUUCGAUGGAAAAACUGACUUCUGGUUUGUUUUUUUCUGAUUUGUUGCUGUGAUUUGUGUAGGCGUGUGUGAGCUCAAACUGUCCCGACAUUUAACGGCAAAUCGCUAAACUUUUAACAAUGUCGCGUUUCUUCUUGUUGUUGUGGUGGUGGUGGCAGUGCUAGAGUACUCUAGUUGGUAAAUAUUGACUAAAAUGGAGGCAGUUGAGUGUAUUUUGUAAAAUAAAUAAAGGUGAAAGGGCAGGGGGGGGGCAAACAGAGGAAAAGAAGAGGGGGGGAAACCCCAAGCAGGCAGCUGAAAUCAGGGUUAUUGAAGUUUGAAGAGAAAUAGUAGUAGGUCCCACUGGGUGAACGCGAUGGCGGAUUAUGUGGUGUCGCGGCACAGCGCGGUGAUGGAGCGGCUCCGGCGGCGCAUCGAACUCUUCCGGCGGCAUCACAACAGCUGCGAGAGCCGCUACGACAGCACGACCAUGGAGCGCCUCGAACUCGAGAGGCAGCAAACUUUCGCCCUGCACCAGCGCUGCUUGCAGACCAAAGCCAAGCGCUCCAGUAAACACCGACAGCCGCAAACGGGGAGCGAGCAGGCGGCGCACAGAGGCACCGGGAGCGCGGAGAGCGCCGAUGGAGGAGGAGGAGGAAGCGCGCCGGGAGAGCAGAGCCGGAACAGCACUCUGAUCGCGCUGCAAGAGACUGUGAAGAGGAAAUUGGAGAACACCAGCCCUCCUGUUGGCCGUGACCAGAUAAACGGAUUCGGCGACAGUUAUUCCUCAGCCAAAAAGUCAUGUUUGGAGGAUGCUUUGGGUAGUCUGAACGGGUCCUCGAAUGGGGGCAUGCCCCCUCUUUCACCCAUGGACAGCAAGCAUGGUGUGGCUGCUGACUUGGGGCUCAAUGGUGCAAAAGCAGUGGGUACUGCUGAGCAAAAUGGUGUUGCUUUAUCCUCUGAAGCUGACAUCCGUUUGAAGGAGCUGAAGCAAGAGCCCAUGGAUGACAUCCUGCCUACUGGUGGGGGCAACGGCAACAUCAUCCUACCUGACCUCAACCUGAACGAACAGGAGUGGAAGGAGCUCAUGGAGGAGUUUAAUCGCUCUGUGCCUUACGAAGAAAUCCAAGAGCUGUUCAACGAUGGCUUUGAGGACCGCAAGGAAUCUGAGGUGUCAUCUGGCACUGUGGCACCUGCCAGCCUCCUCCCCACAGAGCUUCCUGGCACGAUUAAGGCAGAGUUUUCCCCAGCACCAGCCUCUUCUGCCUUUGAACAGGACACAUGUACUGGGUCACCCCACAUCCCGUCCACCUCGUCUGGGCCUCCAAUGCAUGCCAGCUCCCCAAUCAUGCCACCAGCCUCUGCCUCCUCACCCGCUCUGUCUGGACAUCAGCAUACGCAGCAGCAGCCUAGCCAGCCCAGGCCGCUACAGAACCACCUGUUACCAUCCAGUGACUUGUCACCGGCGCAGCAGCUGCAGAAGCUAGCUGCUCGUGAGCAGCAAAGAGCACAGCUCAUUCAGAACCAGCAGCACCAGGCCCAGAAACAGCAGAAACAACAGCAGCAGCAGCAGCAGCAGCCAGCACCCAAAUUCCACCAGCAAUCCAAUCACCCCUCCACUUGGCAGAAUGUGCCCCCUAAUCAGAGUCCAUUAGGAGGUGGUGCGUUUGGACUAGAGAAGUCCACUAGCCCCUCACUCUACCCCUCUGACUUCCAGAAUCCCAAGUCCCUCCUCAUGCCUGGCCAGCAGCCCAGUAAGGGCUCUCCAAAAGCCAAUGCCCCAGGGGCAUACAUGCAGUCUAGUGGGCACCCAAUGUUGGGUCACAGUGCAGCUCCGUCUGGAACCCUCAGUCAUCAACCAGCCUCUGGAAGCCAGACGGCCAUGUUGGACUACAACAACACCAAACCGUUGAGCCACUUUGAGGCUGGAGCACCAAGAGGCCCUGUUAACACACAGAGCCAGAACAAAGCGGCAAUGCUCAACCUCCUGCGCCAGCAUCCGGGGAUGAAGCCGAGGCCCACUGGCAUUUCGUUCAGACCCCCAACACAUCUGCCACACUCCCAGCAGGAACCAGGUACUUACCCAUCUGCCCCUCAUGUCCCAGGCCCUGGUGGUGCCAUGGUAACGCAGCCAGGUGCCAGUGGCAUGGCAGCUAACCACAAUAAUGCAGCAUAUCUAAGUGGUCUACAGAAGCAGCAACAAAUACCGAUGAUGAGUCCGCAGCAGAAACAAUUCCUCCAGAGACAGAUGAUGGCCGAGCAGGAGAAGCAGCAGAUGCAAAGGCACCUAACCCGUCCACCACCUCAGUACCAGGACCAGCCGAACCCAUCUACCCAGCAAAACCCAUUCCAGCAGCAGCCACAGGUCUCCCAGUUUCCAGGUUCGUCUCAGCCGAUGAGCAGCGUGAACUCCCUUGGUGGCCCGGCUCCUGGUGUUCAACGCAUGUUUCCUCAAAAUCAGAGCAUGAUGGGAAUAGGUCAGGGUGGAGGUCCUGCCCCGGGUGCUCCUCCUGCAGUCAGCCAGGCAGAUCUGAACCUAUCAUCUUGUGCAGGUGGGCUUGAGGCCCAGCAGGUCCUUUAUGGAAACAUGCCCAUGCACCCGUCCCACGCCAACCAGCAGAGAAUGCCUGUUUCAUCAAUGCAGAACUAUAGGCACAAUGUUCUCGUCCAGCAGCAGGCCCAUCUCAAACAGCAGCAGCAGUUGACACGUAUGCCUAACAAUAUGCCUAGUGCGAUGGCUAACAACAUGAGCUCCAUGCCCAGUUCAGUCCCCAACACCAUAACCAGCAGUAUCCAGGGUGCAUUGCCUCCACAGGCCCAGUCAUGGCAGCAGCAGCAGCAUCCAGGGCUUCAGCAAGGCAUAGCUGGUCAGCCUAAUGGCAGCAAUAAUGCCUUACCUGCUAGCUUUUCGAACUCGAGUUUCCACAUGCAGCCCAGGAUGACCAAGCUGCCUGGCAGUGCACCCUUCACCCAGGCUGGCUUGGGAAAUGGUGCGCCUAGCAGGGCUAUGGUGGGUAUGAACCCAGGGCAGAUGAUGCCCAACAUGGUCCAGCAGAGAGCCAACAGCACUGCUAUGGCACAGCAACAGCCUCAGCAAGGACAGCCAGCACCACCUCAGUCACAGCAGGUGCUACCCGACCUGGGGCCGUUUGGGCAGCUGCAGGGCGGUCAGGGUCCUAACCGUACUGCUGGCAUGCAGUGCAACCAGGCUUACCAGGUAAACCGGACAACCAAUCAACAGUUGCCGUUUGGAUAUAGCACCCAGUCAGGGGGCAGCUUAGGCAGCUUUCCUGGGGAAAGCGAUCUGGUGGACUCGCUGUUGAAGAACCAGUCUACACAGGAAUGGAUGGACGACUUGGAUGAGCUGUUGGCUAGUCAUCAGUGACUGGCGCUCAAACUAGAAACUGAGUGAUGUGGACAUUACUGACUGUUCUCUGGUCAGAACUGCUGUACUGUGUGCCUGAUAAAAGGAGUAUUGGGCACGAGAAGCCUUUGUGUAUUGAGUUUUCUUAGGGCUGUCAUGAUAAUGUGUAAAGAUAAACAUUCUACUACUGAUCCUGUGGCUCAGUACUAAAACCACUGAAUCAUACCCAGAUUUGAUGGGUCAACACGCACACAAAUACACACACUGCUUUUACUUGCCUUCUUGCUGUUAAGGCUACAUACAUUGGUCAGAAUUGGUGCUUAUGUACCUAAAAAGCCAGGUAUCCAGACCAAGGCCAGACAGAUGAAGUCUGCAUAUUUGAGAUGUUCAUGGACUGUAUUUGAGACCAUAGACUCAUACUGAGGGAUAGCCACCUUCCUUGUUCUUUUCAUUCAAUUCCCACAAGCCUUAGUCCUGAAUCCAUGGCCUUAAAAUCUAACACCGUAUCUGCGCACAUCUGUGACUGAUUCCAAGACAGGGAGUUUAUUCUUUCUCCUGUUCAGUGUGUUCAUUUGAGAGUAGAGUUUGGAAUAUCCGCUUCUAUGAAUUCUCAACGUGUACCGAGCGUCCUGAGUUUGUUCGUGUUGAAAAUGAACAAUUUAGCAAGUGAAGAGUUCAGCAUUAUGCUAAAACACUAAAAUGGACAUUAACAAUUUCUAUUCAGCGAUACACUAAAUCACAUGUUAUUCCCUUUAAAUAUUUCUAACCAAUCAGAUUGGGGGAAGGGUGUUGUCCAUUAUUUUUAUUUUUUUUUCUUCUUCUCUUGUUCCCCCAACACUCCCCUUCCUGUGUUUUGUUACAUUGGGGUAGAUUGAAUGGCCCACCCUGAGAAAUGUGUAUGUGUGAGAGUGCGUUUGGGUCUCAGUUGUCGUAAUGCUUAUCUGUCCUGCACCUAGGAGCAAGUUUAUUUCAGUAUCUGACAGGGCGCCUUGUUUAUUUAUAUAUAUUUUUUGUAUGUAUGCAUUUCCUAAUGUUCUCAAGAAGAUGGAUCUUAUUUUUAUAUGUACAUUGUUGCGAAUUUUUGUAAGUAUUUUAUACUUUUUAUUAUUGUUCUCUGCAAAAAAAAAUGAGAGUAUUAUGUAAAUAUAGUUCUCUGGAAACA